UUCUAUACAAUAGUUAUCUUCCUAUUUGUUAUCUAACUAUCUAUUUAUAAGCUUUCAUGACUUACUCCAGCUCCACUACUAAGACAUAUGGUAAUGUCAAAGUCACUGAUGAGUAUACUGAAUUACCUGCUCAAGCUUUACUUGCCCGUUUAUCAAACCGUCCAGCUUUAGCGGCUGUUAAUGGGUUAUUAUCUUCUUUCCCUGCUAUUAAGAUAUUCUCAGGGAAUGCUGUGCCUAUUAUGGUUCAUAGGCAAAAGCAAAGAGAAGAAUUUUUAGAACUUCAAUUACUGAGAAUUUGAAGGAACCUAACACAGAAUUAUUAUUAAUAUUGUUAGUAUGCUGGUGGUUUGUUAGUAUUUUGGUUUUUGUAUGGUUUUUAUUUUAAUAAUUUCAUGAUAAUAUUUUGUUGUUGUUGUUGCUGUUGUUGUUGAGUUGGUGGUAAUUUUUAUUUGAUGCUACUUACUAGGAAAUGGUUUAUAUUUUAUUGUUAUUCUC